AUGAAGCAACGUAUGAUUUCUCGCUCGUCGUUCUUACGCGUCUCUCGCCCUCAAGGAAGCCAUGACCUACCGAUUGAUAUCCUGGACCCAAUCAUCGGUUCUCUUAGUCGAAGAAAGGAUUGGCAUGCAUGCGCCCUUGUGAACCAAGACUUCAAUAGGAUUGCAACGCCGUUGCUGUACCGACGCCUGGACUCGAGGUUCUCGAAGGAAUAUCAGGUCUUGGUUCACCCGUGGUCUACCCUGAUCAAGAGACCGGAAUUAGCAAAAUAUGUUCGCCAUGUUACUGAAUCAGAUUCCAAGUUCAAUGAGGCGGAACCGUCUCUCCAUAAGCAAGCCUUGGACGGAUUGUCCCUAUGCACCUGCAUUCAAUCUUUCACCUGGACCGGCGAGUCCAUCCAAACCUCUGUCCUCUACAGCUUUCUGGCAGUCCUCAAAGCGUUACCUCGCCCACCUGUCGAACUCAGCAUCCGCUCUCAUUACGAUAUUGGAGCCAAGAACUGGAAUCUCCUGAGCUCGUUCACCGGCUUGGAGCGAUUUUCAUGGUUCUGCGUAGAUGGUCCGGCGAAAGUUUUGCAGGGAUGGAGUGAGACCUUGGGUCCUACGCUUACCCAUCUCGAACUUGGUCGCUGCGGGGGUGUACCGUUGACGAUCUUGAUCUCGGUGUUCAUGGAUUUGCCCAAACUCGAGAGCCUACUCUUGCGAGGUGCUCCAGCGCCCGCUGUGACCAGCAUCGUCGCACUCCUUCCGAACCUCAAGCACCUUGAUACAGAAUAUCUCCCCUCCUUCACCUCGCGCCGCGCCAACCAGCCAAACUGGACUGAUGAAUCCCGCCGCCCCAAACUGAAGCACUUUAUGAUUCGGAUCUCUUCAUUUGACUUUCAAGAUUAUGUCCCCAUCUGGUCUUGGAUCAACGAGAACGUGUCGCAUUCGGAAGCGUCUUUGGAGGUGUUGAAGCUCCACUCGUACGCGCUUCCGACUAAUUUUACUCAGGUUGAUAUUCCGAGAACGUUCUUGCUUGACCUUGCGAAGACGCACAGAGCGACUUUGAAGCAGUUUGCGGUGACGGGUGCGCACCUGACCUUUGCGGAUAUCGAGUGUCUGUGUGGGAUUUUCCCGUUGUUGGAGAUCAUUGAGUGUAGUGUGUGGAAUGAGGAGGGAGAUAUUGAACCGCUAAAAGACGCGAUUGCGAAGGGCAAGAAUUUGCGGGCGUUGAAGUUUGGUCGACCACCAUUCAACGUCGGAAAUGUCAAGCACAUUAUGUUAAGGAGUAAAGGGUCUAAAAUCCGGUCAAUAAGUAUGGAUGGCUUCCUAUAUACAGGAAAAUGGUGUGUCCUUGGCGAAGAGGUAGAUCCAGGAGACUUUCAGGGUAUGCCUGAGUAUCAGGUGGCUCAAAACUCCAAGGGGGAGAAGAAGGUACUCAAGUUCAUUGUAACGAGAUCGGACAGUUCCGAGGAGAGCGAUUCGGUUUAG